AUGGCAUGGAAUCAGUUAGAAGGUAACAAUCUAACAGGAAGUAUCCCUUCUUCUUUUGGUAACUUGUCAUCUCUUGCCAAGCUUUAUCUACAUACUAAUUCCUUGCUUGGAAGCAUCCCUAAUGGCCUCGGUAGAUUGACAAAUCUCAUAGACAUUUGGGUGGGUACUAAUAGCUUAUUUGGGGACAUCCCUCUCUUAUUCUUUGAUCUCUCUUCUUUAAUAAACUUUAAUGUGGCAGUUAACCAAAUUCAUAGGGUUCUUCCAUCUGACAUAGGCAUCACUCUUCCUAAUAUGCAACAUUUUGCUAUUUCUGCUAACCAUUUUACUGGGACCAUUCCAGUUUCAAUAUCUAAUGCCUCCAAACUAGAAGAAUUCCUAGUUUCGGAUAAUAAACUUACAGGGAGCGUUCCUUCAACUUUGCGUAAUUGUCAAAACUUACAAAUACUCAAUCUCUCCACUAACAAUCUCACUAGUGCCAUACCCCCACAAGUUGUUGGCCUUGCAACCUUUAUCUUUCUUGACUUAUCUGAUAAUCAUUUGAUUGGUAAUCUUCCUAGUAAUAUUGGGAUUUUAAAAAACCUUGGCAAGUUUCAUGUUCAUGGGAAUAUGUUAAGUGGGGAAAUUCCAAGCAGUUUUGGUAGUUGUGUAAGCCUGGAAAUAUUAGAUGUGGGAAAUAAUUCCUUCCAAGGGUCUAUUCCUUCAUCAUUGAGUUCAUUGAGAGGAAUUGUGCCCACUGAUGGAGUGUUCAAGAAUUUGAGUGUUGUUCCAAUCAUGAGAAACACCAAGCGUUAUGGGGGCAUAUCUAAGUUCCAUUUACCUGCAUGCAAUUUCAAAAGGUCUACAAGUACGAGAUCAGCUAUUAAACUCAAAGCAAUUAUUGCUAGUUUUAUGGAAGGGUUUCUUGGGGUAAUUUUGGUUCUGACACUUCUAUUUCUUUUGAGGUUGAGAAAGAAAAACCGUGCAUUUGCUUCAUUGACUCCCCAAAAUACACUUUUCAAUCUCUCUUAUUGCGAUCUCCAUGAAGCAACCAAUGGUUUCUCCUCUGCAAAUUUAGUUGGUAUUGGUAGCUUUGGGUCUGUAUAUAAGGGAAUUUUUGGAGAAGAUAGAGCACUUAUCGUUGUUAAGGUGCUUAAUCUCCAACAUCAUAAAGCCACUAAGAGCAUCAUAGCUGAAUGUGAAGCCUUUAGAAAUGUUAGACAUCAAAAUCUUGUAAAGGUGCUAAUUGCAUGCUCAAGCAUCGAUUAUCAAGGCAAUGAUUUCAAGGCCCUAGUUUUUGAGUUCAUGGUUAAUGGGAGCUUAGAAGAACGGUUACAUUCACCUGUUAUAGAAGAUGGCAAUGAAGAGGCAUCAAAGAGUUUAAAUCUUCUUUAA